AUGUCUUCUGAAUCGAGCUCUUCAGAAUCGUAUCCAGAUGAAGAGAUAUUGAAUUAUGAGGAAUUUGGACCGAUGGUUGACGAUAAUAAACUUCGCAAAGCCGCCGAGGCCGCCCGUCUUCCGUUCGAUCGUCCGACGGAGCACGAGUUGUCAUUUUUCCCGGAGCUGUGGGAGUCUCAACAGUCGGUCGAAGUGUUUCUUUUGCUUCGAAAUACGACACUUGCCACGUGGCAAGCCCAUCCAUCGAAAGAGUGUACAGCAUUGGAAGUGAGGAAUAAUGUAUUCGCACCGUUUAACUCGGAUUUGGACUUUAUUCAGAACAUUGUCCAAUACCUAACCCGCCACGGUAUAAUCAACUACGGACGGUACACUAGAACAACGAAAAUCAGUCGAUUCCUAGUGAGAAGCGAGCGGAAAGUGAUUGUAAUCGGUGCGGGAGCAGCCGGUAUCUCAGCGGCCACUCAGCUGACGUCGUUCGGAUUUGAUGUGAUUGUUCUGGAGGCACGAGCCAGAAUCGGAGGACGAAUUCAGAGUUUUAAGACGAAACGAGGGAAUAUCAUUGAGACGGGAGCUGAUACACUUAGACAUGUUGAGUGCUCACCAAUGGCUGCGUUGUUGACGCAAGUGGGACCACAGGGACAGAAUCAGGCAAUGUUGGACGAGCACGCCGUGUUCGACUUCACAACGAUCUUCUCGGAUGGAAAACCACUGAACGAGGACAAAAUCAACAUGUUCCUGAGACAUUACGACGCAUCGAAGGGUGCUCUUCAGUUUCAAUCGCAUCAGAAAGAGCAUCGAGAUGAGAACGGGCGGUGGAUUUCGAGACAACAGGCGUACGAGAAUAUAAUCAAUAUGUGUGAACGGGGGACACUUAUCAAGUACUAUAACCAUACGAAACAGUUGGAAGAGGUCGCACGAGCCAAGGAAUUGCAUUUCAAGCAGAUGAAAGUGGCCAGGAAUACAGCUAUUAUGGCUGAGAAUCGAUUGAAACGAAUGGAAGGAAAAGAUGAAACCGAAAUUGAUCCCCUCCUCCGUCGAUCCCUAAAACGAGACAUUGUGACAGCUUUGGAUAAGUUUGAAGAGAUAUCAAACGCCUACGAAGCUGCAGAGAGUAGUUGGCAACUGCUCUCCUCAACACCACAAGCCAAACAGUUCAUGCAUCCGGGAUCGGACUUCUCCACGUAUAAUUUCAUGUUGGGAUUCGAAGAGUAUCUCAUUGGAGCGCAAUUGGAAAAGGUGCAAUUCUCGGCGGAUAGUGCUGUCAAUAAGAGUCUGGGAGUCUCCACGAGGAUAUCCCAAGGACUUCACGCCCUGCUGCUCCACCAAGUCCGUAAUCGAAAUAUGGAAAUUCUGUUGAAUAAUCGAGUGAUGGAUAUUGACUAUAGUCGAGAGAACGAUGUCAAAUUGACAGUGAAAAAUGAAAAAGACGAAAUCGUCGAGAUGGACGCCGCGUUCGUUGUAUGCACUCUGCCGAUUGGGGUGUUGAAAAAAACAAUCAUCAACGAUGAACGUGCGCCAACGUUCACUCCACGUCUUCAUCCGAAGAAGAUUCAAGCGAUUCGACGAAUGGGAAGUGGCCUAGUCAACAAGUGUAUUCUGGAGUUUGAGAAGGCGUUCUGGACAACGGCGACGAGCUCUAGAGCCAGUCAAUUUGUCACCGUAUCACCGAAUGUCAAAACCCGUGGCUGCCUAUCCAUCUGGUCAUCAACUCCCAAAUCCACCGUCCUAACCACCUACAUCAUUGGCGAGAAUGCGGAUCACGAGUUGCCAGACGAAGUGAUUGUUCAAAAUGCAAUGACAGUUCUCCAGAAGACGUUCGGACACCAAUGUCCACGAUCUCCAGUCUCCGCGCAUGUGACACGUUGGCAAAACGACGAAUUCGCGUUUGGAUCAGGCAGUUAUAUGAGUCUUCUAACUGAAAAAUCGGAUUUCGACGAGUUGAUGAGACCUCUGGAGACCAAGGAUGGCAAGAAUCGAGUGUAUUUCGCAGGAGAGCACACUAGCCUCGCCUACAACUCCACCGUACAAGGAGCAUGGAUUUCUGGAGCCAGGGCGGCUGCUGAGCUGACAAAUGAGCAUAUUGGAAUCGGUUUUGUGGAUAUGGCGGCGAUUGAGAGGGCGGAGAUGGGAGAGGAGGACUUGGAGGAUGAUCAGGACGAGAAUGCAAUCAUUGAAGUGGAUCGAGAUGGACCUAUGAGACAGGAAGAUUAUGAGCAAUUGGAGAGAAUGGAAAUUGAGGCGCAGAUGCAGCUACACGAGGCAUUGGCUGCUAUUGAAGCGGUGCAGAGUGCUGGAGAAGCCGUUAGACGGGGUACUGGGGAGCCGAUUGAGGGAUUUAGAAGAGGUCCAAGGACUCCGGAUUCUCAGAGAGUGUUUGGAGCCGUUCAACGAGUACCGAAUGUCCCUUCAGAAGCUAUGAACACGUCAGAAUCCGUUCCAGAAGCUAUGGACACUUCAGAUGCCACAGAGAGCAUCCCAGAAGCUUCGGAAAAUAUCACGUCGCUUGGAUGCGAGUCAGAAGGCGUUCAGAGCACUUCAGAAGCUCUAGACGCCAUUGGGAAUGCUCCAGAAGCACUGGAGAUCCCAGAAGAAGCUUCAGAAGCUCAGGAGGAGGACGUCCCAGAAGCUUCUAACGCUCCAAAAGACAUUCCAGACUCUCCAGAUGUCAAAAUCGAUGCUCCCGAAGCUCCAGAACUUGCUCCAGAAGACGUUCAGGGACCUUCAGAAGAGCCACAAGCCAAAAAAGCGAAAAUCGAUGAGGAGAAAGAUUCUUAA